AUGGACGGAAAAGAGGUGAAGCAUGGAUUGAUUUCUGAUGAAUCAGCUAGGAAAGCGACCUUCGAGGAAAAAAAGGCUGAUUUGUUGAGGGAGCUGGAGGAACUGACUACUCUUUAUGGAGUUACUGGGUGUGCAAUCAUUUUCAAUGCUGAUGGUUCCUCUCCAGAUGUUUGGCCAUCUCAUUCAGAAGCUCUUUCUGUGCUUGAACAAUUCAGGAACUUGCCUCCAGAGGAACAAUGUGAGUACAUGUUGGACCAAGAAUCUUUUCUUGUCAGAGAUAUAUCAUGGUUGAGUGACAAAUUAGAGAAAGAAAAGAAGAAAAACAAAAUGAUCGAACAACAACUUUUUCUUGCUAAGUGCAUCACUGCUAAGAAUAUGCACUUCCCGAAUUCUUUGAAGAAUAUGAAUGACAUGAGUGAUUUGUUGAAGGAAAAUCCAGGUUCGAUCACCGACAAGAUCGACCAAGCAAAGGAUGAGAAUGAAGAGGAGUAG